AUGGCAGUGCCCGAGCUCACACAACAAAUGUUCGACGCCGACAACGUGCGACAAUCUCAAAGCCAGGAUAAGACGAUGAAGGAGGACCAAGAGAUUCGAAGAAUUCUCUUCGCUACAAGCAGCUCAAGGAUGGCCGCAUCCUUUUGGGCACGUUUCACUGUAAACAAAAUGUUCUUGAACACCCCCAAUGCCAUUCAACAUACUACACGGCCCGCAAUCCCUCAGGCUUCGACACGGUGUAUCGCCGUCUCUACGCGCGGGUCGCUUGCGGACAUUGGAUGGUGUUUUCGCAAAGGUCACUUUACAUGGAAAGGACUUCUUCAAAUCGAGGGUGUUGAGAGAGCCAUAAGGGAACAUCUCGAGUAUACGUGUGAGCGCUACGCAGAAAACGUAUUGAUAGAAAACACACUGCAGCUCGCUAAAAUGGGUCACUUUACAUGGAAAGGACGUCAAUUGGCUGGGAUCAUACAGCAAAGCUUUUAUUCAAUUCACGGUUAA